GUGAUAUUUGUGGGAAAUCAUUCUUAAAAAGUCAUUACUUAACAAUACACACACGUACCCAUACAGGAGAGAAACCAUAUCAAUGUGAUAUUUGUGGUGAUUCAUUCACUAGAUGUAGUAUUUUGAUUAAUCAUAAACGUAUUCACACAGGAGAGAAACCAUAUCAGUGUGAUGUCUGCAGCAAAUCAUUCACUCAAGGUUCUGGUUUAACUAGACACAAACAAAUUCAUACAAGAAGGAAGCUAAAUCCCUGUGGCAUCUGUGAUAAACCAUUCUCUCCAGGUUGUGGUUUAACUAGUCAUGAACAUACUCACACGGGAGAGAAACCAUACCAGUGUGAUAUCUGUGGUAAAAAAUUCUCUCGAAACAUUAAUUUAACCAUACACAUGCGAAGUCAUACAGGAGAGAAGCCAUAUGAGUGUGAAACCUGUGGUAAAUCCUUUUCUCAGAUAAGUAACUUGGCUAUGCACAAACGUAUUCACACAGGAGAGAAACCAUAUCACUGUGACAUUUGUGGUAAAUUAUUCUCCCAAAGUGGUGAUUUAACUGUACAUGUACGUGUUCACACAGGAGAGAGACCGUAUAAGUGUGAUAUCUGUGGUAAAUCAUUCUCUCGAAAAGAUCGCUUAGGUGAACACAAACAAAUUCAUAUGGGGAAGCCAUAUCACUGUGAUGUCUGUGGUAAAUCAUUUUCUCAAAAUGAUUGCUUAGCUGAACACAAGCAAAGUCAUACACAAAAGAAGCCAUAUCUCUGUGAUAUCUGUGGUAAAUCAUUCUCUCGAAACGGUCACUUAACUUCACACAUAUUUACUCAUACAGGAGAGAAGCCAUAUCAGUGUGUUACCUGUGGUAAAUCUUUCUCUAGAACAAGUGAGUUAACUAUACAUGUACGUAUUCAUACAGGAGAGAAACCAUAUCAGUGUUAUAUCUGUGGCGACACAUUCCCUCAAAGGAUUCACUUAAAAAAACAUGCAUGUAUUCAUAUACAAUAGUAACUGUAUCAAUGUAAAAAUUCAGGUCAGCAAUGAUAGUUUCAAUAAAUGAUGGAUUUCAUAUAACUUUA